AUGCAUAUCCUCCUACUUGGCGCAUCUGGCCGCAACGGCUCUCUCAUCCUCCAAUCAGCUCUAAAACGCGGAUACACUGUAACCGCCCUCGUCAGAAACCCAUCCGUCUUUACCAACACAAGUCCAAACCUCAACUUAGUCACCGGCUCGCCCACCUCUCAACCCGACAUCGAGGCAGCACUCCAAUCUCCUACUUUUCCAGACGCAGUCAUCUUUGCCCUCGGUCAUCGCAAGACUGGAACUUCACCCUUUGCUGCUACUGCACCAGACUGUCCCCAUGAUCUCAUGGAGAGCUCAACCAAGGCCUUCUUGAACGCCAUCAAGGCCACAAACCUCACCAAGCAACCCAAAGUCAUCGUCAACUCCUCUCAGGGCGUUGGAGCCUCCAUGGCCUCUCUUUCAGCACCCAUGCGCUUCGUUCUCAACCACAGUAAAGCCCUUCGAACGGGUCUGGAUGAUCACACCAAUGUGGAUGUCCUCGUGAGAGAGAGUGGCCUACCUUUUGUCCUUGCUCGGGCGUGCCGUCUCACUGAAGGACCUGUUGCCACCAUUCGCGCUUGGCCUGAUGAUGGAUUUGGUGCUCCUGGAUGGUCUGCCGCCGUGUCCAGGACCAGUGUCGCAGAGUGGUUGGUUGAUGCUGUUGAAGGGAGCGACUUUGAUGGGAAAGCACCUGUACUCACCAACUAA